AUGUGUGGCUUGAAAGUUGGCGGCGAAGAAGCAAACCCAGCAACCGGAGCAGUGGGAUGGGGAUCGACAUGCGCUACUCGCCCUGAUCUCAGCACCCUAGAUGAAUAUUCAAUCACAUCACGGCGAUGCAAUCUCGUCACCUCGCAGGGGUUCAUGUACGUGACUGGAUUGGGACGUCGAUCAUAUCGAUCGUGUUAUGAUGGCAUCAGGGAAAGGGAAAGGGAAGGACAAUCUCCAUCCAUGAUGCGCGCAUACACGUAUCGGGGCAUCUUACACGAUGCCAACAUUUCCUCUUGCAGGACACGAGAAUGCUGUGCGGCAUCUCUUCGCACAGUUGUUCAUGCCCUCCCAGCACAUGCUCCUAGAAUACGAACACAGCCAGUCAUCAAGAACGCGCCGGACCUGCGCUCCACAGCAGACGCCAUGACGACGCCGCCGCCGGGCCAAUUCACGGUCGACGUCAGCUUCCGCCAAUACAGUUCGGAUCCUGGACAGGGGAGACGAAAGUCCACAGCCGGUCGUCUCCGCGUGAUUGGGAGCCCGCGUCGGAACAUUUUCAGUUGUCCAGCGGUUUUGGAUGUGUCAAAACCUGCGUUUUCGCUCAUUCAGCUCAGCUGGUCUCCCGAUGUCGCCGUCGCCGCCGUUACUUUUCGUCGACGCACCCCACGAACACGAGUCAAGCGAUACCAACUACUUUUGCGGAAUGAUUCCGAAGGCAAAACACUACGGAGCAGGUGA